AUCGCAUCCAGUGACUCUUAAAAGCACCGCCAGCUUGAAGCCUUUCUUCUCUGUACGGCACCGGAAACGUCAACCUCGUCACCCCGUCGCGCGCCAAAGCGUUGAAAGCGGACCGCUCCAUGAUGCCUUGGGCAUAACCCGUGCUAUCACAACCAUCACCCAGCACGAAAGCACUUUUCUAUCUGUGCAGAGGACAGCCGUCUGAACCAGAGAGCUAACUUGUAGCCAUGGACAAUGAAGCUGCAGUUGGAGGGGUUUUCGCGGGGAGCGUCCAAACCACUCGUUCCCGCCGGCGACAUGCAGGAAAGCGAGAUGUCGGCAUUGCCGGUCAGGCAAGCUGGAUUAGCAGCGUGAUCAAUCUGCUGAACACCAUCGUCGGUGCUGGAGUCUUAGCGAUGCCUCAUGCCUUGUCACGGAUGGGAAUUACCCUGGGCGUGUUUGUGAUUCUGUGGUCCGGAUUGGUUGCUGGGUUCGGUCUAUAUCUGCAGGCGAGAUGUGCUGAAUACCUGGAAAGAGGAUCUGCUUCGUUUUUCGCAUUAUCCCAGAUUACAUACCCCAAUGCGGCCGUCCUUUUCGAUGCCGCCAUUGCUAUCAAAUGCUUCGGUGUUGGCGUCAGCUAUUUAAUUAUUAUCGGUGACUUAAUGCCAGGAGUUGUUGAGGGAUUCAUGGGAGACACGGGCAUGGAGUUUCUUUUAGACAGGCAUUUCUGGGUGACGGCUUUUAUGUUGAUCAUUAUCCCUAUUUCUUUUCUGCGCCGGCUGGACUCGUUGAAAUAUACCAGCGUUGUCGCCUUGAUUUCGAUUGGCUACCUCGUUAUUCUCGUCGUUGCGCAUUUUAUCAAAGGAGACACUAUGGAGGGCAGGAGUCCCAUUAGGGUAAUUCAAUGGGAAGGGAUAAUACCCGCCUUGAGUGUCUUUCCCGUUAUUGUUUUUGCGUAUACGUGUCAUCAAAAUAUGUUUUCUAUUCUUAACGAACUUUCCAAUAACAGUCAUUUCCGGACCACCACCGUGGUCGCUGCAAGUAUCGGAAGCGCCGCUGCAACUUACGUCCUCGUCGCAAUCACAGGAUAUUUGUCCUUUGGCGAUGCUAUCCAAGGUAAUAUUGUGGGGAUGUAUGCUCCAUCUUUAUCUUCCAAUAUUGCUCGUGCCGCCAUCGUCGUUUUGGUCAUGUUCUCCUAUCCUUUACAAGUCCAUCCCUGUCGUGCAUCCGUCGAUGCAGUUCUGAAAUGGCGCUGGAACUCAAAAGGAUCAUCCGGUUCUUCAAACGUGUCGCCGCAUCGUAAUCCGCUUUUACCUCGUUCAGAUAGACAGCCUGAGGAAAUGGGUGACACUCGUUUUGCUGCCAUUACAACCGUUAUCAUUGUUCUGAGUUAUAUCGUCGCUAUGACGGUUUCUUCCCUUGAAGCCGUCCUUGCUUACGUUGGCAGCACCGGAAGCACGAGCAUCAGCUUCAUCCUUCCGGGCCUCUUCUACUACAAGAUAUCGUCUCCAGAAUCCGCUCUUCAUCAACGAAUCAUGAAAGAGGAUGAUGAGGCCGGUGCUGACGGCUUUUCGGAUGAUUCUGCCGAUGAAGAAAUCAUGGGCAGCGGCCUCCUCGGCGGAAGCGGGCUUCUCUCUUCCAGCGGUAUUCUGCGCCGGCGUCGAAGACACUGGAAACGGGGUCUUCUCCGUAAGCUCAGCUUGGCUCUAGCAGUGUACGGAAUCGUGGUGAUGGUUGUUUGCCUGGUUACGAAUACAUUUUUCUUGGCAACAAAUGGGUCCUAG